AUGAAAGCUAGUACUCGUGUUCCCUCUCUUUAUCUUCGCCAGCUUGUUUUGGUACUCUUGCUCAGCCACGCAUUUGCCAUAAAGAAGUCAUAUGUUGUGUACUUGGGAGCGCAUUCACAUGGAAAAGACGCCACACAAACUGAUUAUGAUAGAGUCACUGAGUCUCAUUAUGACUUUCUUGGUUCAUUUUUGGGAAGCUCGGAUAAGGCCAGAGAUGCCAUUUUUUACUCUUACACUCGACACAUCAAUGGAUUUGCCGCAACUCUCGAAGAAAAUGAAGCACUUCAAAUAUCCAAGCAUCCAAAAGUUUUAUCUAUAAUCUUGAAUCAAGGAAGAAAGUUACACACGACGAGGUCGUGGAAUUUUCUUGGUCUCGAAAAUGAUGGAAAAAUUCCGUCCGACUCUUUGUGGACGAAGGCCAAGUUCGGAGAAGAUGUCAUCAUCGGCAAUCUCGACACGGGUGUGUGGCCAGAAUCGAAAAGCUUUAGUGACGACUUAAUAACUCGUUCGAUCCCAUCCAAGUGGAAAGGAAAUUGCUCAAAUGAAUUUGAUCCCAAUUUUCGAUGCAACAGUAAGUUGAUCGGUGCCCGCUACUUCUACAAGGGGUACGUCGUUGAAGGGGGACACCUCAAUGUCACCGACUACACGCCGCGUGACUAUCGAGGCCAUGGGACCCAUACCUUGUCGACAGCUGGCGGCAACUUUGUUUUUGGGGCCAACAUACUUGGCUUCGGAAAUGGCACCGCCAAGGGUGGGUCCCCCAUGGCCCGCGUGGCAACUUACAAGGUCUGCUGGCCGCCCCUCGACGAAGGAGAGUGCUUUGAUGCCGACAUCAUUGCGGGCUUCGACAUGGCAAUCCACGAUGGUGUUGACGUGAUCUCGGUUUCUCUCGAAGGUUCCGGUGGCCAAUUUUUCACAGACGGUGUUGCCAUUGGGUCGUUUCACGCGGUGAGUCGUGGGAUCGUGGUCGUUUGCUCGGCAGGAAAUUCGGGGCCAGACCCGGGUACGGUUGCAAACAACGCGCCUUGGCCGAUCACGGUUGGCGCAAGCACCUUGGAUCGGGAAUUUCCUAGCUAUUUAAUCCUAGAAAAAAUAAAAUUCCAGGGACAAAGCCUUUCAGACAUAUAUCUUCCAGAGGGAAAGCGGUUCCCCAUAAUUUAUGCGAAAUAUGCAAACGCCUCUAACGCAACAGCGGAACAAUCGGAGUUGUGUGAACCUGAAUCUCUAGAUGCUAAAAAGGUGAAAGGGAAGAUCUUGGUUUGUCUAAGGGGAAUCACUGCAAGGGUCGACAAGGGCCGGCAAGCAGCCUUAGCUGGUGCUGUGGGAAUGGUUUUAGCAAACAAUGAGGCCUCUGGGAAUGAGAUCAUAGCCGAUGCUCAUGUCUUGCCAGCUACACAUAUCAGUUACACAGAUGGACAGGCUCUCUUAUCUCAAAUGCAUAAAACAAGGUCUCCCAUGGCUUAUAUCACCAAACCAAAAACUCUUUUAAACACAAAGCCAGCGCCGAUAAUGGCAGUUUUUUCAUCGCAAGGGCCAAAUCCCGUUAUGCCGGAAAUUCUCAAGCCGGAUAUCACGGCACCAGGAGUUAGUAUCUUAGCCGCAUAUAGCAGAGCAGUAGGACCGACAGGCGAAGACUUUGACACGCGACGUGUGACGUUCAAUAUCGAAUCGGGUACCUCAAUGUCUUGCCCGCACAUUUCUGGGGUCGCCGGCCUCUUGAAGAAGCUCUACCCAAAUUGGAGCCCGGCUGCCAUUAAGUCUGCCAUCAUGACCACCGCAAGUACACUCGACAACACUUGGUACCCAAUCACCAACUCCAGCAACUCGAGCGCUACACCAUUACCUUAA